AUGGGAGAGGAGAGCAGCAAUGCACAAGACCCUCUUCACCAAUUAAUAAUCUCCAUGAGAGACGAGAUCAAAGCAUUGAGGCAAGACUUUGGAGAUAGACUUAGCCGUGUGGAGCAAGCACCGAGGGUAACUCUACAACCAACUCGCCAUAUUGGAGGAUUAGGAACCGGCCCCAACACCACUCAGAACACCGGAACCAAUCCAAGGCACAACGGAGUGCGCAUCAACGAACCACACAUGACCGAAGACGACUCUUCUCAAGAUGAAGAACCAAACCCUAGGCGUCAAAGACACUGCGGGCAAAGGCAACAUGUGCCACAAGACGAUUAUGGAGAUGCUGAUGACGAAGAGUAUACACCUUACUCUAGACAGAACCAGAACCACAUCAAGCUGACCGCACCUAAUUUUGCUGGAAAAGUUGAUCCGGAGGCUUAUCUAGAUUGGGAGAAGAGGAUGGAUCACAUCUUCGACUAUUACAAUCAACCUGGUCCAAAGAGAGUAGCACUAGCAGUGGCUCAGCUCACCGAUGGUGCACUUACAUGGUGGGAAAGAGAAGUAUCAGACCGAAAGAGAAGCCGCUUGAGAGCUAUUGAUACAUGGGUCGACAUAAAAGACCUAAUGAGGCAAAGGUAUGUCCCUCCUCAUUUUUACCGAGACUUACAGCGUCGUUUUCGAACUCUUAAACAGGGAACCAGGACCGUAGAAGAAUACUAUGAGGAGUUUGAGCGCUUGAGGAACCGAUUGGAGCUCAAUGAUGAUGAAGAAGCUCUAAUGGCGCAAUUCCUUGAUGGCUUACAAGAGAGGAUCAGCCGCAAAGUGGAGAGACAGAAGAUCUCCAAUACUAGAAGCAAGCCGCAAACCACUUGGAACACCAAAUUCAACAAAGCACUCGACAAAGGCAAGAGUGUGGAAAUUGAUUCACGUUUCAAAGGCAAGGCGGUUGAAACAAGCAAAGACACCAGACCAGAGGCAGGUAAGACUAAUAACCCUCAGCGUGAAAGAGAUAUUACUUGUUUCAAAUGCAGGGGAAGAGGUCAUAUGUCUCGCGAGUGUCCAAACAAUCGAGUGAUGCUCAUGACCGAGGCUGGGGACUAUGAGUCACAUGAUGAAGCUGAUGUUCAAGAAGAUCAAGACGAUGAGUAUGGUGACAUAGCUUAUCCAGACACAGGAGAGCUCCUUGUCACUAGACGUGUAUUAAGUGUAAUGGUGAAGCCAGCCGAGACCAUACAAAGAGAGAACAUCUUUCACAGCCGUUGCACUAUAAAGGGGAAGGUAUGUAAUCUUAUUUUUGAUGGUGGGUCUUGUACUAAUGUUGCAAGUGCUCACAUGGUUGAUAAGCUAGGCCUUGAGAGAACUAAGCAUCCACGGCCAUAUAGGCUGAGAUGGCUCGAUGAUAAGGUAGAGCUUAAGAUUACCGAUCAAGUCACCAUUCCAUUUAGCAUAGGAAAAUAUCAAGAUCAAGUUGUAUGCGAUGUAGUUCCUAUGCAAGCUGGUCAUUUAUUGUUAGGUAGGCCAUGGCAAUUUGAUAGAGAAACUAAGCAUGAUGGUAGGACUAAUAUGUAUACUCUUAUGCAUAACAAAAGAAAAGUUAGUUUAGCACCUCUUACACCAUCACAAGUGCAUGAACUACAAAUGCAAAUGCUUAAAGAAAAAGAAAGUAUCUCUAAGUCAAAUUUUCUUGUUCAGCCUAGCUAUGUUAGAAAAGUUUUUGCUGCUAAACACACAAUGCUACUAAUGAUCUUUAAGGAGCUUUUGAGCGCAGGUUUAGGUGGACUUGAACUACCACCAGAGAUCACUGAUUUACUUGACAGGUUUAAAGAUGUGUUCCCUGAAGAAAUGCCUGAAGGAUUGCCACCAAUUCGAGGCAUAGAGCACCAAAUAGACUUCAUACCGGGAGCAGCUUUACCAAACAAACCGGCUUACCGAAUGAGCCCUGAGGAGUCCAAGGAGUUGGAGAGGCAAGUCAAGGAGCUGUUAGACAAAGGAUAUGUGAGGGAGAGCCUCAGCCCUUGUGCCGUUCCUGUCCUGUUGGUGCCAAAGAAAGAUGGCUCCUGGCGCAUGUGUGUAGAUUGCCGAGCUAUCAACAACAUCACCAUCAAGUAUAGACACCCAAUUCCAAGACUCGAUGACAUGCUUGAUGAGCUUAGUGGAGCCACCUUGUUCUCAAAGAUCGAUCUCAAGAGUGGAUACCAUCAAGUGAGGAUGAAAGAAGGUGAUGAAUGGAAGACUGCCUUCAAGACCAAGCAAGGUCACUAUGAGUGGAUGGUGAUGCCCUUCGGCCUCACCAAUGCACCAAGUACCUUUAUGCGUCUAAUGAAUCAAGUUCUUAGAGCAUACAUCAGUAAGUUUGUUGUUGUUUAUUUUGAUGAUAUUUUAGUUUACAGCAAAUGUUUAUCUGAUCAUGUGUCACAUCUUGAGCUUGUUUUAAAGACUCUUCGACAAGAAGGCCUUUAUGCAAACUUAAAGAAGUGCGCAUUCUGCACUGAUAAGUUGGUUUUCCUAGGUUUUGUUGUGAGCUCGCAGGGAUUACAGGUUGAUGAGGAGAAGAUAAAAGCCAUCAAAGACUGGCCGGCCCCAACAAAUAUCAGCCAAGUGAGGAGCUUCCAUGGGUUAGCAAGCUUCUAUCGGCGUUUUGUCAAGGUUAUCAGUAGUAUAGCCGCACCUCUCACUGCUGUGGUGAAGAAAAGUGUUGGUUUUACAUGGGGAGAAGCUCAACAAAAGGCGUUUGAUACUCUCAAGGAGAAGCUUACCAAUGCACCGGUUCUUGUGCUACCCGACUUCAACAAAACGUUUGAAGUGGAGUGCGAUGCAUCAGGCAUUGGCAUAGGAGCUGUACUGACACAAGGAGGAAAACCAGUGGCGUUUUUCAGUGAGAAGCUAGGAGGAGCUACGGUCAACUAUCCGACGUUGACAAAGAGUUAUAUGCUCUGGUUAGAGCUUUGGAGACUUGGCAGCAUUAUCUGAUGUCAAGAGAGUUUGUGGUCCACACUGACCAUGAAACACUUAAGCACCUUCGAGGACAAACCCAUCUCAAGAGGAGACAUGCCAGGUGGAUGGAGUUCAUUGAGACUUUCC